GGGGAUGCACGGAGCUGGGGAUGCACAGAGCUGGGGGUGCACAGAGCAAAGGAUGCACCGAGUUUGGGGUACACAGAGCUGGGGUUGCACGGAUACGAGGUGCACAGAGCUGGGGGAUGCACAAAGCUGGGGUUGCAUGGUAUGGGGUGCUCAGAGCAGGGGACGCGUGGGGUGCGGAGUGCACAGAGCAAGGAGUUUGUGGUUAUGGGGCGCGCGGAGCAGGGGGUGCCUGGGGAUGGGUCACACGGUAUGCGUGGGGUAUGGGAUGCACUGAGCAAAGGGUGCGCAGAAUGGGGAGAGCACGGAUACGGGGUGCACAGAGCUGGGGGUGCAGUGACCCCCCACCCCUCACAGCCCCCCCCAGCGCGGUGCCAUGGAGCGCAGCUGUGGGAUGGACACGUCUGGGCCGGGCAGUGCUGCUGAGGAGGAGGAGGAGAAAGCUCCGGAGCAGCGGCCACGGACCCGCUCCAACCCUGAGGGUGCUGAGGAUCGGGCAUUGAGCGCUCAGAGCAGUGUGGGCAACCGCAGUGAGGGGGAGGGGGAGGCGGCCAGCAGUGAGGACAGCCCGCAGGGCACCGCAGCCCCCGAUGGCACCGCCUGGCCCGGCCCUACACCCCCCCCCGAGGUGCAGGUGAAGACGCCGAGGGUGAACUGCCCUGAGAAGGUGAUCAUCUGCCUGGAUCUGGCUGAGGAGAUGGCUCUACCCAAGCUGGAGUCGUUUAAUGGCUCCAAGACCAACGCACUGAACAUCUCGCAGAAGAUGAUUGAGAUGUUUGUGAGGACAAAGCACAAGAUUGACAAGAGCCACGAGUUUGCACUGGUGGUGGUGAACAAUGAUGCCACGUGGCUUUCAGGGUUCACCUCUGACCCCCGUGAGGUCUGCAGCUGCCUCUAUGACCUGGAGACCGUCGUCUGCAAGUCCUUCAAUCUGGAUGGGCUCUUCAACCUCAUCCAGCAGAAGAUCGAGCUGCCGGUGACAGACAACGUGCAGACCAUCCCACCACCCUACGUGGUGCGCACCAUCCUGGUGCUCGGCCGCCCUGGCUGCCAGCCCCAGUUCUCUGUGUCAGAGCAGAUGAAGAAGAUGCUGCAGUGCCCCUAUUUCUUCUUUGAUGUUGUCUACAUCCACAAUGGAGCGGAGGAGAAGGAGGACGAGACCAGCUGGAAGGAGCUGUAUGCCUUCUUUGGCAGCCUGGACACCAAGGGCACCAACUACAGGUACGAGGUGACGCUGACGGGGCCAGCGGUGGAGCUGCACAACUGCAUGGCCAAGCUGCUGGCGCAUCCCCUGCAGAGACCCUUCCAGAGCCAUGCAGCAUACAGCCUGCUGGAGGGGGACGAGCCCCCCGAAGUGGAGGCCACCGUCUGAGCUGGGGAGGGGCCACCCCAUGGCCACCACACCGUUGGGUUUGGGUGCAUGGCCGUGGAAAUGGAGAAAAAAGAGGUGUUUUCCUGCCUGGCUGUGA